UCUUACUUCCGACCGACGAAUACCGCGCCAAAGCGGAGGCCCCAAUAUAAGAACCCUAACCACGACAUCGUCCUCUUUCUACUCUUCUUGCUCUCCAGCUCCCGAAUCUUGACUCUUCCAAUCGACAAUCGCAGUUGUCUUCCCGACGCCAUUGCCCUCAAAGAUGUUUCCUCGGAGUUACGUGAGAUGUUCUCCCUGAUUAUUUUUUGCCGGUACCUUUGAUCCUCCUUGAGUGGUUUAUUCGAGUGUUCCAAGUGUCCUCAGCAAUCAUGAGUUCAGCUGAAGCGAAGGGGAGGCUCGCUAGAUAUGUCGAGCGUAGAACAACAUAUACGGAGACGAAAUUGCCAACAAGCUAAUACCAGGAAUUCUUUCUACAAUUUCAGCAUCAAGCCUGAAGGAACCAAAGAAGGCUGCAAUCGGUGGAGACGAAAAAGGGAGAAGAGAGAAGAAGAAAAAGAAGGGGAAGUGGUUUGACUUAGGGUUUUUGGAUCCAUUCCUCUUAUUUGGGAACAAACUCUUCUAAGGAAGCUAGAAUGACGAGAUCAUCGGGUUCUUCGACUACAUCUUCUUCUGAUCAGUUGAGUGAGAUUAUGAGAACUCUUGAGACUAUGUUAAAUGUGAUGCAACAACUUCAACAAGAAAGAAAUUGUGGAGCAAAGACCUCAAAUCAGACUGGAUUGGGAAUAGAACAAUUUAAGAAACUUAGUCCUCCCUGUUUCAGUGGUGAACCUGAUCCAACGGUGGCAGAACAAUGGAUGAUGCAAAUGGAGAAAAUAUUUGAUGUCUUAAAUUUCUCUGAUCAUCAAAAGGUUUCUUUUGCCACCUUUAUGUUGGAAGGAGAGGCUGAGUACUGGUGGAAAACAAUAAGGAGAAUUUCUGAAAUUAGACAUGAGCAUAUCACUUGGAAGGUAUUUGUAGAAAAGUUUAAUGAAAAGUACUUCUCAGAUUAUAUUAAAGAGCAGAAAGAAUUAGAGUUUUUAAAUCUUGUCCAAGGAAAUUUGACAGUAGCAAAAUAUGAAGCUAAAUUUAUUGAGCUUUCCAGAUUUGCUACUUAUAUAACUGAUGAUGAAUCUAGAAAGGCAAAGAGAUUUGAAAGGGGACUAAAGCCAACAAUAAGGAGUUGGAUAUCAGUCUUAAAGCUUCAAACAUAUGCUGAUGUGGUAGAAAGAGCUAUGAUAAUCGAAAAAAACAUAGAAGAGAUUCAGGAGAUCAGGGACAAGAAUGACAAAGAUAAGUUUACUAACAAAAAUAAGAGAGGAAAUGAAUCAAAAAAUGGUAAUAAGAGGAUCAAGACAACUAGAUUUGAGAAAGAGAAGCCACCACAAAGGACUCGAUCAUGUGUAAAAUGCGGGUUAAAUCAUGAAACAAGUCAGUGUUUUCGAGUGAUUGGAGCUUGUUUUGCCUGUGGGAAGUUGGAUCAUAAAGUAAAAUAUUGUCCUCUAAACGAGAAGAAAGAGCCACUGCCUCCUACAUCAUCAACCCGUACUAGAGUGUCUGUUAUCGCUGAACAGGAUUUCAAAGCUUCUAAGUCAAUGGUUGAAGUUGUGCAGAGAAUGGAUACAUCCAGUCCUGCAGUUCUUGUUAAAGCAGAGAUCCUAAAAAUGCCUUGGGAACAGAGAUUUUGAGGUGUGAUUCAAGUGUUCUCAAGCCAUACUGGGUCAAUCAGGGCAAUCCACUUCUGGGCAUCAGCUAACAGUGAAGGACUCUCAGGCCUUUCCUCUUAUCACAUUUAGUGGGGGUCAGUGGUCUUGCUAAUGGCAAUCAAUCAGUUUGUGCCAUCAUAUGUACUUGUAAAGAAGUCUUUCUUUUGUUGUUUUCUGGUGUAAUGAGUGCUUAUUCGUAGGCAGCUUAUACAAGGCAUAAAAGAGUAUUGUUAGUAAAAUAUGUUUUUUGUCUGUGAGAGAAAAAGUGUUGUCAAUGUUUUGUCUCGUAAAACAUGCAAGCGUUUGGGACAGAAUUGUUUCUUACGCAGAAGAAAAUGAUCGAAACGGUCACGUCUUCAAUGCCGCAA